UUCACAGUCAGCUGUCCGAAGUCAUUUCAAUCCUACAUACCCCGACUUUUCGACGAUCGUGAACUAGGAACGAAACAUUCCGUCAUGACGUGGAAUUUUAUCAUUCUGCCAGUCGUCGCGGCGAUGAUGUUGCCAAUGACGACUGCCAUCGAAUUGCCGAGCACCUUCAGAAUAUGCGACAGAGCUCUGCCGGAACAAGAAUAUGGUCAGUGCCUCUCCAAUGCUGUCAGAGACGCUAUCGUCUCGUUGGCUGGAGGUUUGAAGAGUUUCAAGAUCCUACCUAUUGAACCAUUAGCAGUGGACAGCGUGAAGAUCGGCGAAUCCCAAGGAUCCGUCACUUUGAGACAGGAAUAUCGAAACAUCAAAUUGCACGGGCUUACGAAGAAUCUACAAAUAAAAAAUUACCACAUCGACUGGGACAAGUGUUUGCUGUCGUCAGAUUCAUUCAAUCCUCAGGUGGACUUCAUUGCUAAUUAUAGAGUCGAUGGGAAAAUACUAUUGCUGCCUGUCAAGGGAUCUGGCAAGUCGAACAUCACCAUGCAUAACUUGAAGUCUCACAAUGACAUAUAUUGCGAGAAAUACCAGAAGAAUGGAGAUACUUAUUUGAGGAUAAAGAAGUACGUGGUGAAAUUCUUCCCUGCUCAAGUGACGCUACGAUUCGACAACCUUUUUGAUGGUGACACUAUUCUAGGUGAGCAAAUGAACCGAUUCAUCAAUGAGAACUCCAACCUGCUCUUCAAAGAACUUCAGUCGCCCUACGAGGAGACCUUCGGUUUGGUUUUCACGAAAAUAGCCAACGAUAUCUUCAGCCGUGUGCCUUUCAAUAAAAUCUUCCCUUCAUCGGCAUAAACUAGUGUGCCUCCGUCAUGUACUCAUAACUAAAAUAAAAAAAAAACUAUCACAUUUUCUAAGAAAAUCUGGACGAAAGUUUCCGAGGACCCAAAAAUUUGUAUAUACCUACGUGCGUAUAAAUAAUACGUACUGAUGUGGAAACUUGCAAUGACCUUCAUAUUACUGUAAAUGACUGUACAUUUUUUUUUUAAUAAAAAGAAGACUAUUCGAUUUAACUUGAAUGCCAA